AUGCUCUUGAAAUAAAUCUGAAAUUUCUAUGAAGGAUGUCUCAGGCCUCUAACAGCGAUUGGCCAGUUCUGUACCCUGUUUGGUGGCUCAGUUCUGAUGUUCUUCCUGGGGGUGCUGAGGUUUGCUGUGUACAGGAUUGAAGCUCUCUAUUUCAACUGUGAUCCAGACAGGAAACAGUUAAACCUCUUCUGUUACAAUCAUUUCCAGCCUAUCACCUUCCCCCGGUGUUUUUGGGCUUUAUGGCUGGUCUCUGUUCUAUUCCUCAGAGUAGUUUUGCAUCUCCACGCUGCUUGCCACAUCACUGACCUCCAGAGGCCAGCCUCUACCAUCUCCUGCAUCUGUCCUGUCUAGGAUGAUCUUCAAGGCACCGGCUUCAGUCAUCUUUUUGGGUUCCAGUUCAGGUGGAACUUCCGGUGCAAUGCCUCAUCCCUUGACAAGCAUUUUAACGUCACCAAGUGUAUGGUCUCUGAGCACUUUGAGAAGACCAUACCCCUCAGUGCCAUAUACAGCUUCAUUGCUAUCAUUUUUCUGCUGUGUACUGCAAACGUCUUUGAGCUCCUUUGCAGGAGACUGGGUAACUUGACCAGCCCGUGA